AUGCAGGGUAAAUUCCCCAGCAAAAACUCUACUACACUCAAGGAAAAGGAGCCGUCUUGGAAUAACCUGGUGUCUCUUUGCGAGCUGGAUGACGCCGAGCUGACGGCAGCUGCUGACGCCAGCGAGACGGCGGAUGACGUCAGCGCCAGUCGUCUGAGUGGCUAUGGAAGCGGCCAGGGUGAAGCUGAAACCAGCAUGGAGGAUGGGGAUGCGAAUAACAAGGAUGGCGUGAAGGGACAUUUUGGCCUGGAGCUGGGUAACGCGCUGUUUGGAAUCAUUCCAGAAAUGGAGGGGACUGAUACGGAGAGGAUGGAAGAGAAGGCAGCGGGAAGAACGUGUUUCGAUGGGAUUGGCAUGGAGGGACAGAUUGAGGGCUUGUUGAACCGCGAAGACGAAGGAAGCAACCGUGGCAAGGUAGACGACAGCUGUAUCGCAUCAGCAUUGCUUAAUCAUGGGCCAUCGGCACGCGCCACUACCCCUGUCCCCACCCGCCUUGUCUCUGCUUCUCCCUCUGCCUGUGUCGAAAGCACGCGCGCUGCUUGUGCCACGUCAGCAUCCGUGUUUCUCCCCACCCCCAUGGAGCCCAUUGUCCCCAGCCGGCGUGCGGUAACUGGGUUACCAGCUCUGGUGCUGCCCCCUCCUGGCGGCGACAACGACGCGUGCAGUGCUGAUUGCAACCGUGGGUGCAGCACUGGUUACCACACAGGCUUAAGCGGAUACUGCAAGGAAGACUGUAAGGGGGAUUGCAAGGGAGAGUGCAACAGCGGAGGCUCAUCCUUCCCUUAUGGGUCUUCCCCUUACGGGUCUUCCUCUUAUGGGUACACGCUCACACCCGGCCUGCCAAGCACGCCCCCGCGACACGACACCAUGGUUCUUCCGUCCUGUGAAACCGACUCAGAGGAGCAGCGGCCGCUUGAGACGACUGGGGCCCCCCCGGGGGCAGGUAUUGUUGGCGCGGCUCAGAAUGCCUUCACUGUCAAGAAAGAGGAGGAUGCUGACCUGUAUGCUGACGUGUAUGCUGACGUGUAUGCUGACGUGGCUUCUGACGUGGACGCGAGCAGCAGAGCGACUCAGGGAUACAGCUACUCGAAGCGGGAGAGCGGAGGAGCGGCCCCAACUGUUGCCGCCAUGCAGAAAUCCAGGCGGCGGGCGGCAAACAGAGCAUCAGCCAAGCGCGUUCGCAGCAGACAGCAGCAGCACCUGCAGAAGCUAGAAUGCGAGACACGUGAGCUGACAGCGCAGUGCAAGGCGAUGCGAGCAGAACUGGCAGAGGCGAGCCGGCAGGUGGCAGCUCAGAAGAAGCGCAAUGAAGAACUGGUAGGGGAGAAGCAGAGGCUGCUGGUGCUGCUGGGGGAGGGGCAGACCAGUGGGCUGCUGGGCCGUUGA